GAAGAAGUGUUUACACGUCAGUCGGUCGGUGUCCGGUUUUUGCUUAGAUUUCCAAUCGAAAAACAGUGAUUAAAGUGGAAAAAUCCAUUAUUUGGAGAUUUUCACCUCAAUUCAUGUGUGGAUUGACGGUUGGUGAUAGGUAGAAAUACCAAAAAGCUGCUUUGGACAUAGGCUACCGGCAAAGCGACUACGUGUGCAGAACAACCCCUACUCUUGCGCCGUGUGUAUUUUCGUGUCAUUCUGCCUUUGCCAGCAGUACGACCCAUUGUGUGGAGCAGCAAACCAAGAACCAUAUUCCACCGUCUCGUGGGAAACAAACGCAAACGUCAUUCACUGUUUCGUAUCUGUUUGAAUUCCGAAGAAUUUAGGCGAGGAGCAAUCCUUGCAGUACACAUACCAAAGCCAACCGUUCCUCCCUCUUAGGCGAGCCGUAGUGCGGAUUUGCGAAUUGCAAAAAUGAAUAUCUUCAGAUUGGCCGGUGACCUGUCACACUUGCUAGCAAUCAUUCUUUUGUUGAUAAAAAUAUGGAAGACUAGAUCCUGCGCAGGGAUUUCCGGCAAAUCGCAGAUACUAUUCGCCAUCGUUUAUAUCAGCCGUUACCUGGAUUUAGUGACAACGUUCAUCAGUGUUUACAAUACGUUCAUGAAGCUGGUCUUCAUUAGUACGUCUGUAGCCACAAUUUACUUGAUGUAUGUUAAGUUCAAAGCAACGUACGACCACAAUCACGACUCCUUCCGCAUCGAAUUUCUGAUUGCUCCUUGCUUUUUGCUGGCUCUAUUGAUCAAUAACGCAUUUACCGCGCUUGAGAUUCUAUGGACGUUCUCCAUUUACUUGGAAGCAGUUGCUAUUCUGCCCCAGCUGUUCCUGGUUAGCAAAACGGGCGAAGCGGAAAGCAUCACCAGCCACUACUUGUUCGCUCUUGGCUCCUACCGUGCACUAUACCUGCUGAACUGGAUCUACCGAUACUACGCUGAAGGACAUUACGAUCUGAUUGCAAUCUUCGCGGGCGCUCUUCAGACGAUUCUGUACUGCGACUUCUUCUAUCUCUACAUUACCAAGGUUCUUAAGGGCAAGAAGCUUCAACUGCCAGCGUAAGUUCUUCUGGCCGCCAAAGCAUUGCAAAAGAAACUGCGAAAAUGCAUGGAAGUACGGAGAGAAAAGCGAUCCCUUGUGCGAAAAUGUCUAACAAUACAUCCACCAUACGAAUUAUUCGCUGGAGCAUUUGCGAUAGCAUAGUCGAUAUGUGUGCUUUGUAGUCGCACAUAUUUCAGAGAAACAAACAUAUAACAUUAGAGCCUCAAGAGAGAAUUCAUGAAACGUUUGCGCGACUUCAAAAAUAUUUUAUAUCCUUAUUAAUUAUUACGAUUAAUUCUUUACGGAUUCCGUUAUGUAGCAUACCUCGCGCUACUCUCUUCCCGCUCUUUGUGUAUUUGUGUAUUUCUAAGCCUAGAAAAGAAUUUUGUUGGUCGAGAUCGCAAACAAAAUAAAUGAAUGAUCAAUCGAACCUAAACAUACAGUGAGGAAGGUUAGCCUACAAAAGAUGCAUUCAAUAAAUAUCGGAUAACUGAAAACGACAGAAAAAUUCAUAGCCAUUGGUUUUUUACACAAAAAAGUAAUUUCAUCUAUUUCCACUAAGUGAUAGUGGUACGGAAUCGGUUAGUUUUGACAAAAAAAAAAUGCACAAUUGUUUACCAUACAAUGCAUGUGCCGUAAAUCAAUCGAAUGAAAUGUUUCCUCACAUAUUGUAAAGAUUCACGUAACUACAGUCUUAUCUGAUAUGUCUACGCAUAAUUAGGUUUGUUUCACAUUAGCUUUUAAAAAGGUUACUUUUCCUUAUAAAAACGUUCUGAACAUGAAUGCAAUCAUGCUUAACGGAAACAUUGUAUUGGUUGCAUGUUUUGCAUCUUUAUUUCUAGAUACGCCAGAGCUAAAUAAUAUUUGGUAAGGUUUAUUAUCAGUCUACUUUCACGCUGUCCAUUAGAAGAAGAUGGAAAUGGAGCAUUUUUGCGCUAAUGAUAGUAGCAGGUACAAUGCCAAACAAACUAAAGGCCUUCUUCGUUAAUUUUACAUGCUGUUUUUUUGAUUUCGCCACUUUUCGUUCCAAAAAAAGGAAACAAUUGAAGGACUUUUAAAACGAUUGUUUUGUAUUUUAGUCUUCUAUAUUACUUUCAACACUUCUGCAAUGCCGUAAAACAUUUAUCUUAAAACGAGUAAAUAAUGUAUGUAUUAGCCUUACUGAUACUAAACUGGAAGCUUUUGAUGGAAUUUAACUAUUUAGUUGUGAUUCCUAACUUUGAAAAAUAAAAAAAAAUCGUACAUAGAAA